AUGCAGGAGCGCCAUGAGCUCGAGGAGGAGCUCCAUGUCGAACUACUUCCUGGUACUGAAAUUAUGGCCGAUAUUGGGUCGCACCAUUUCAUCAAGAGUACCGGGAAAGCACACAGAGUCCUGGUGCCACAGCCGUCUGAUAGCGCCCACGAUCCUUUGAAUUGGUCGUUGGGUUGGAAGAUCUCGGCCAUCGUCUCAGCCAGUUUCGUUACCUUCAUGCAAGGCUUUGGUCCUUUGUCUCUGGCUCCUAUGUUUGGCGACUAUAUCGAAGCAUUUGAUUGUUCGCUGGCGGACGCUGUCCAGUUUACCGGUGUUGCCAUUCUUGUUCUCGGUUUCAGCAACUUCAUCUGGGUUCCUCUCAGCACUUCCUUCGGUCGCCGUCCGGUUUACCUCUUUUCUCAGCUCGUCUGCCUCGGUUCCUCCAUAUGGCGAGCUCGAGCUCAAACAUACGGCAGUUUCAUGGGUGCUUGUGUUCUGAACGGCAUCGGGGCUGGUCCUGCAGAAACAAUACAACCUGCUGUUAUUGCUGACAUCUUCUUCCUGCACGAUCGGGGAAAGUGGAAUACUUUAUACUGGGUGGUGUACAUGGGAUCCCUAAUGAUUGCACCCAUCAUCUCUGGUGCCAUGUCACUCCACGUUGGCUGGCGCAAUUUCUGGUGGCUCAACACUGCAUUGCUCGGCCUCUCAAUCGUCAUGGUGGUCUUCAUGUUUCCAGAGACCAAAUGGAAUAGACAAUUCUCUCCUGAAGUUCCUUCCCAUCCCUCCCCUGAGGAUCAAAAGCCCAACGCCGAGAACAAUGAAGAGCUGAAGACCAGCUCGGCAAGGAACCCCCACUCGGACUCCAUUGCCACCGCUCCGAAUCCUCUCACAGAGACCGAGACCGCAACUCGUGAUCCAUGGCUGGGACGGGGUAAGCCCAGCAAGGCACAAUGGGGCCUAUAUACUCCAAAUCCUAAUCCAAUCAAGAGCGUCCUCCUUGAUCUGUGGAUUCCAUGGAAGCUAUUUGCAUUCCCCAUUGUCGAAUUCGCUAGUUUUGUCGUCAGUUGGAGCUGCUCAUCGUUCUUGACACUGAACUUGACUCAGACCCAGGCUUUUGCCGCUCCACCGUAUAACUGGAGCAAUCAAACAAUUGGUUUCACCAAUUUUGCCAUUUUGGCCGGCGCAAUGAUCGGCCUGUUCACUGCGGGCCCAUUCUCGGAUUGGAUAGCUUCCAAACUUACGGUGAAAAAUCGGGGUAUUCGCGAGCCUGAAAUGAGACUCGUCGCCAUGAUUCCUUAUAUUGUGAUCAUGUACCUCGGAAAUAUCAUUGUUAGCGUCGGGUACGAGAAACAAUGGCCCUGGGAAGCAAUUGUUAUUAUCGGGUAUACCUGCGCAGGCAUCCAGGUGGCGGCUAUUCCAGGCAUUGUAUCCACCUAUGCCGUUGAUAGCUACAAGCCAGUUGCGGGCAGCUUAUUUGUCGCCAUAACUGUUAACAAGAAUGUUUGGGGUUAUGGCUUCAGCAAGUUCAUCACCGAUUGGAUCAUCGAGGACGGCUAUAUCCCACCGAUCAUGACAAAUGCAUCACUUAUUCUCUUGUGGUGUUUGUUUGGUAUCCUCUUCUACUACAAAGGCAAGACUUUCAGGAGAUGGUCAAAGAACAGCUCUGUGCACAGCAUGUGA